UGAGUUGGAGGUCUAUGAUGUUACUGAGGCUACUUUUCUUGGUUAUAUUUUCUAUUUUCAACGAGUCCUUGGCCCACCACUUGCCUCUCAUAACAGCUUGUGUCCACAAUGAUAUCUGGGUGGAGUGCAAACCAGUGUGUCCUAAGAUCUGUUCCGAUUAUUUGUACAAAAACCGAUGCAGUCCCAAGAAGUGCCAACCGGGCUGCGCCUGUCCAAACGGCUGGCUGAGGAGAAACAACGACUUGGGCUACUGCAUUCCACAACACAAAUGUAACCGCUGGAUAAUAAAUUAAAUAUUUACUUGUUUUUUUUAAACUGAAACCAUAAACAAGAAAUUGUACUGACAGAACUGUA